AUGAGCGGCCCAAAGAGACAAAAGACCGCGCACGACGCGCCGGUCAAGCGCCAGCAAGAAGAAGCUGAAGACAGCGCCUCUCAGUCGUCUCACGAUGCUCCCACCGAGGAAGAAUCAGCGACGCUCGAUGUCGCUUCCACUGCCGAUGCUGCGGAUGCGCCAGAGGAGCCCAAGACAUUCAAAGAGCUGGGCAUUGUCGAUUCAUUAUGCGAAGCCUGCGAAUCCCUCAACUACAAGCGUCCCACCGCCAUCCAGGCCAAAGCCAUCCCCGUCGCCCUCCAAGGCCGCGACGUCAUUGGCCUCGCCGAGACAGGCAGCGGAAAGACGGCCGCCUUCGCCCUGCCCAUCCUGCAGGCUCUCCUCGAGAAGCCCCAGCCGCUGUUUGGACUCGUCUUAGCACCCACUCGAGAACUCGCCGCGCAGAUUGGACAGUCGUUUGAGGCUCUCGGCGCCCUGAUUUCGCUGCGGUGUGCCGUCAUCGUGGGAGGUCUGGACAUGGUUCCUCAGGCGAUUGCCCUGGGCAAGAAGCCUCACAUCAUCGUCGCCACGCCCGGCCGAUUGGUCGACCACCUGGAAAAGACAAAGGGCUUCUCCCUGCGGUCCCUCAAGUACCUCGUCAUGGACGAGGCCGAUCGCCUGCUCGACAUGGACUUUGGCCCCAGCAUCGACAAGAUCCUCAAGUUCAUCCCUCGCGAGCGCCGCACAUACCUCUUCUCCGCCACCCUGAGCUCCAAGGUCGAGAGCCUUCAGCGGGCCAGUUUGAGGGACCCCGUCCGCGUCAGCGUCAGCUCGAGCAAGUACCAGACCGUGUCGACCCUGCUGCAGCACUACAUCCUCGUGCCGCACAAGCGAAAGGACACAUACCUCAUCUACCUCGUCAACGAGUUCGCCGGAAAGUCCAUCAUCAUCUUCACCCGCACCGUCUUCGAGACGCAGAGAAUAGCCAUCCUCCUGCGGACCCUCGGCUUCGGCGCCAUCCCUCUCCACGGACAGCUGUCGCAAUCGUCUCGACUCGGCGCCCUGAACAAGUUCAAAGGAGGAUCCCGCGAGAUCCUCGUGGCCACCGAUGUCGCCGCCCGUGGUCUGGAUAUUCCCGCCGUCGACGUCGUGCUCAACCUGGAUCUGCCGCAGGACUCCAAGACGUACAUCCACCGUGUCGGUCGAACGGCUCGUGCGGGCAAGUCUGGUAUCGCCAUCAACAUCGUUACGCAGUACGACGUCGAGAUCUAUCAGCGCAUCGAGGCCGCGCUGGGCAAGCAGCUGGACGCGUACCCGACCGAGAAGGAGGAGGUCAUGGCCUUCCAGAGCAGAGUCGAGGAGGCGCAGCGGGAGGCCAGGAUUGAGAUGAAGGCUUUCCUGGAGAACAAGGGUAAAGGCAAGGGCAAGGGCAAAGCGAAGGCCGGUGGACCAAAGAGGAGGAGAGACAACAUGGAUGAGGAGGAAGGUUGA